UUUGCUGUGGGCUUAAAGCGUCCUCAUCAGCAGACUGAUAAUCACCAAGAUAAGGCCGCCUAGGUGACCGUUCGCGUUUAUAAAAAGGGUGGGAAUGAUAGAGAGAAGGUGAGAGAGACAGAGAGAGAGAGAGAGAGUGAGUGAGAGAGGAGGAAAGAGUGAAAGAGUGUGUGAAAAGAGUGUCCUGUCCUACAGUUGCCUGGCAAAGAUGACUUUCAAUGGAACUUGGAAAGUUGACCGCAAUGAGAACUACGACAAGUUUAUGGAACAAAUGGGCAUUAACAUCAUGAAGAGGAAGUUGGCGGAACAUGACAACCUGAAAAUCACCAUCACUCAGACUGGGGAGCAGUUCCACGUCAAGGAGUCCAGCACAUUCCGCACCAAAGAGAUCGACUUCACGCUCGGCGUUCAGUUUGACUACGCAUUGGCAGAUGGAACAGAAGUUUCAGGCUCCUGGAACAUGGAGGGGGAGAUGUUGAAGGGCGCCUUCACCAGGAAAGACAACAACAAGGUCCUCACCACCACCAGGACUCUGGUGAACGGGGAACUCCAUCAGAGCUAUAACUACGAUGGGGUGGAUGCCAAGAGGAUCUUCAAGAAGGAGUAAAGAUGAAACUGGAACUAGAACCACGGACAAUACUGCCAAAACACCUUUGAAAUGUAUCCCCCCCCUACACACACACAUACACACACACACACACACACACACACACACACACACACACACACACACACACACACACACUAUUUACUAAAACAGCUGGUUUUAAAGCAUCGCAGUGCAAUUACUUUACCUUCAAAUAACAGUGUCAAACACACCGUAAGGAAAGUGGAGUGUCUGACACAGCAGAUGUACAUCCCGUAUGCUGGUCUUGGCCCUGUGUGCAGUUGUUGUCCUGGAUAGAAGCAUGACCUUUUCCAUCGGUAUUACACAUAUUUUAGAACUCUUUGCCACUACAUGGGUACCCUGUGUGUCCCAGGAAUGCAAACACAUUGGAAGGUACAUAAAUGUAGCUCAUAGAAAUAGGCUCCCAACUAAAAAAAAACAUCCACUACCAUCCAGCGGAGGGCGCUGUACUAAUGCUAUGGUUUGUUUGGAUUUUAGCAUCAUUUAACCACCAGUUUAUUAUUUGUAUAAGUAUACUGCACAAAAUAAGUGCAGUCGAUACAAAGAUUUAUCUGGUCAGUGUUUGUGUUCCAGUACAAAUCCAGUAAAAAAAGAUAAAUACAAUACUUGUAAAAUAAAGGGAAAUCCAAAAGAAACUAUAACAAUCAUACACUUUGCAAAAUUCUUGACCUUUGUAAUAAAAAAUAUUUAUGUCACUUGUGUUAACUUAUUUGGUCCAGUGCUGAUAUUUUGAAACUUUUGGACUGAGUGAACAUCAGUAAACCAACAGGUUUUGAAGGUUUGAAAGUCCCCACAAGAUGGUGCU